AUGGUAGAAAAUCAAGCGAGCGACAGGCCGAUCAGCAAGCUGUGCGGUGAAAUAGUCAAGGCAGCUGAAACAGUUACCAGCCACAUAGUUAGAGAACUUGACUGUGAGUUACAGCUGGGCCAGCAAUUCCAGACCAAAGCGAAUGCUAGUGGACUUCCGCUUGACGUGCUGGACGCUAUUCUCGCCGUUGCAUUUCAAAGUGUUGCUACUACUGUUUUUGAUGUCGUUAAAUCCUAUUUCAAAAUAGAUGCGAACGAACUUUCUUUUACUGCCUCCGCCAUUACCUACGUUACUGUUUUGGUUGAUAUUGCUACACUGUUAUCGUUGCGGCUAAAGGCUUUCCAGAAAUUAAUGACAGUACUGCCGAUAUUGUUAGUUAUGUCAGGUAAUUUGUCGGAACGAAUGCGAAUGAAUUCGUUUUUAUCGGUUUUGUCCUCACUGUUAUUUUUAAGGGUAUCGCUGUCAUUAAACUUUAAUGCUCUCAUUAUUGAUGCAGUCAAAAACAAUGCAGAAAUCAGUGAGAAUGAACGUUGUUUUCUUGUUACAGUUACUGCUGAAACAAAGUCUAUCGUUGACGUUGAUAGUGAUGUUGUUGCAUUUUCUCAUAAGAUGGGUAACGAAAAACUUCUUUUCAUUACUUUUUCCGUUCUGGCUGCUGUUCUUCUUACUAUUGUCAUGUGCCGUUCUGAAAUGAAUCCAUCUGCGCAUCCAGGUAUUGUCGUCGUUGCUAUUGUUCUCAUUGAUGUUGAUGUAGCCGCUGUUUUUGAAUGGUUUGGCAAGAUGAAUGCGGAAAAACAUCAUGGUAGAGUUGCCGAUGCAGCCACUUCUUUUGAUACCGUUACUAGCUAUGCCAAAACGAAUCCUUAUGCAAUGCUUCUUACGGUUUUUGUCCUCGCUGUUGCUUUUGCUGCUGCUAUUGCUGUAGAACAUAAAUUCCUUGGAGCAGAUGCUGUUGCCAGUGCUGUUAUCCUCGUCAAACAUUAUGCUAAAAAUAUGAAUGGCAUUCUUUUGAUCUCUUAUUUCCUCGUUGCUUCUAAGGAUGUAGCUGUUGUUUCUGUCAUCAAAUGCUGUCAGGUUCCAGUCGGGAAUUAUCCACCCCUUUUCGUCGCUACUAUUGUCCUCGUCACUGUACUUCAAUAUGUUGCUGCUACUGCCGUAAAUGCAAAUGCACUUCCCAUUGUUAUCGGCGCUGUUGUGUAUGUAGAUGUUGUUACUGUUGUUAUCGUUGUUGCGAAGAGGUUCGCACCAAUCAAUUUUGAUGAGCUUUUUCUCAUUGUUGUUGUAGCUAUUGUCGAAGAAGAGUUUGUCGCCGACGCUGAUAUAGAUUUCGCAAUAUUUUCUCGCAAUGUGGUUGAGGAUAAACGUCGUUACACUGCUUCCGUUGUUCUGGUUGCUGCCGUCAUGUACUCUGAAAAUACGAAUCGACCAGGACCACCCUUUAUUGUCAUUGUUCUCAUCGAUAUUAUCGCUGUCGACGUUAUGAAGCUCACGGAUGUCAUUGGGCGUAGAAUUCUUUUGAUCGUCGCUGUUGCUCUUUUUGUCUGGGCUGUUGCUAGUGAUGUUGCUGCUUUUGCUGGGGAUGGUGUUAAAUACAUCUUCAGAGCUAGUUUCAAUAUUUGGAUGAAAUUCGUUGUUGCUGCUCUUGCCUUUCACGUUGCUGUGUCGAUUUUGUUUCCCUUGUCAAAUAGCGACAAGGUAGAAAUCCACUUAAUCUUCCCUUUACCCUGGUUUUUGCUGUUGACGUUGCUCUCGUGGGAUACUACUCCUCUUGUUGCCACUAAACACCAAGUUGGGCCAAUCGGGAAGGAUUUGUCCUUUUUGGUUGUUGCUACCCACGUCGAUGUAUUUCAGAAUAUUAUUUCUGAUACAGUUGUGGCACGUGUCGUUAGGUACGUCGAUGAGCUGAAUGUUACUGAAAUUCGCCUUAUUUCCAUCUGGGUUGUUUUUGUUGUUGUUUCUUAA